GUUUUUAAAUUUUAAGAUAAUUCGAUUGGGAUUUAAAAAUUGAAAAUAUUUGUACCGUAAUACGGUGCAUGAUUGAACUGUGAUUUACAACCAGUGCUUGUACAUGGAAGUAAGUGUCCAUAUAUCAAGUUUUGGACAUGAUGUACUGGAAUCGAUGCUGUCAAAGUAAGGUGCGUCCACUCGCCGUUCUGGGUGUUGCCGUCUUGUGUUGUAUGUUAGUGCGGUGGAUAGCCAGCUUUAGUUUUACUAGAUCUAAAUGUCCACAAAGCUCUUUUUUCGAUCUACAACGUGCAUACGAGUCUCUUGCAGUCGCCCAGCGUGAAAGGCACGUGUCAUCAUUGUUAACUAUUAGGACGACAACAAAUCGAGAAAGAUCGACGACAGACAAACUGAUUGAAAAGCAUAUAAAACAGCAAAAGAAGAACAGCCUAACGCCGAUGUUACUUGAGGGUCCGGACAAAUUUAUCUCGAGGGGCAAAGCAGCGUGGUCAGAAAACACAGUUCUUUUUGGGCGACCCAAGAAAAAGACCGGCUACCUGACCAUUGGUAUACCUGUGGUAAGACGGAAACUCGAGGGGGACCGGUAUCUCUCUUCCACUGUGUCGUCAAUCAUAGCAGUGACUUCAGACACCGAGAAAGAAAACAUUACUAUUGUCAUCUUCAUGUCGGAUUUCAAUAAAACAUGGAACUUGGAGAUGAGUCAACAAAUAAGCGAAAUAUAUUCGGAACAUAUAAACACGGGUUUUCUUCAAGUGAUUCACAGUCCCCGAAAUAUUUAUCCAGAUCUGGGUAUUAACGCAAACUUAAAUGGGGACUCCAAAGACAGAGUUGCAUGGAGGUCGAAACAAAAUAUAGAUUAUGCUUAUUUGAUGUGGUACAGUAAGCAAGUCUCUGAAUUUUAUCUGCAAAUCGAAGACGAUGUGAUAGCGGCUAGUGAUUUUUACGCCGAUAUUAGGAACUUAAUCAGUCAAAAAAUUGCUAUUCCUUGGAUUGUUUUUGAAUUUUCUCGGAUGGGUUUUAUCGGGAAAUUAUUGCGUUCUGAAACCUUGCCAAGAUUGGCUAGCUAUCUUUUGUCUAUGUACAAUGUGUUGCCGUGCGAUCUUUUGCUGACGAAUUUUAGAAUUCUUCAUAAUCAAGUCUCUCCCAUAUUUCAUAAAAAAGGUCUGUUUCAGCAUGUUGGGAAAAUAUCCUCAUUGCAAGGAAAACUCGCGCCAUGGACCGAUAAAAGUUUUAAAGACUCCAUUGACUUUACCAAAUUUGAUAUCAAGGUCGACAAUCCAGUGGCAGACGUAAUCUCCAAUAUGGAAGCAAUCCCUGGAUCUUUGCCAGAGAACGCAUAUCUAACAAGCAACGACAUGUCAUUUUUUGCAGUCAAAAGUUUAAGAGCCAACGACUUUUACAGGAUUGUUUACCCAAAGCCAAUCAACAUCAGUAGAAUUACAGUAUCUACCGGCCACCCUGUUAGGAGGACAGGUGCUAUAAAACGUGCCCUUUUGAAGAUAGGAAAUGGUCGCGGGGAAAUAGGCGAACGAUGUAUUCCCGACCAGCCAGUCGGUUCGUUCUAUUACGGGGAGUUCGACUCUGAGAUCCAAGAAUAUGUAAUUCCGUUCAGUGUAAAAUGCAUUUCCAUAGAGUCACAACAAAACGUAUCUAAGAUGAUAAUUAUAAGAAAAAUAUGGGUUACGACACAGAGUUGACACAUAACUAAACAGUUGAAGGUAUCACCGAUGGCAUCGGGGCUAUAUCUGUUUAUCCGAAUUCCUGCCGCUAGUUCUGAUGCCUCGGAGUAUUAGCACAUCACCACAGAGUCAUGACGGUUAUAUUAAUAUUGUUUUACAUGUAGAAAAUUCAUUUGAAAUUAAAAUAGAAAAUAUCUAGUAAAGAGUGCAGUUAAUGUUUUACUAUUUUUGCUAAUAAAAAUAUGAUAUUAAAAUAAAAUAAAAAUAGAGUA